CCUGCAGGAUGAAAGAUACGGCCGUUCCUCAACCUAGCUCCAAAGGAAGGCGUCUCCAAAUGUCCACAGGACGGCCAGAGGCGAGAAUUCGUCCAACCGAGUCGCCUUUCGCUGGCUAAUGGGGCCCACAUGGAAGACAGACCUUUGCUGGACGAAGAAGUAGGCGGCGACAAGGGCACACAAACAGGAGGGAAGAGCAGAGACUGUCCCUGUGUGUCUGUGUGUGUGUGUUGCGCCUGCGUGUGUGUCCAGAUGAGCACUGAGGGUCACAUCGGCGGGCGGACAAUGUCGUUUGAUCAGAGCGAAGACGGCCACCGGACCAAGAAGGCCUGGCUGGCCUCCUCUGUGCAGCAGGACCUCUCUGCAGCACACACCAAGAUGCCCGAACAGCCCUUUCCGAAGUACGUCAGCCAGGAGAGAGAGCCCCACUCACACCACACAGACACCCGUGCCGUGUCCGUUUGCCUUGUUUGUUGUGUGCAGGGAGGGGGAUGAGGGGAACAUUGCUGCGGAGCCUGACGUGAGGUCGCCUGGCAGAGCUCACAUGACACGGGGUAUGUAUGUUGUCGAUACAUGGACACACGGAUGAGCACUUUGUGUGGUGUUUGUGUGUCUAUGACUUUCUAUGUGGCUUGGCUUCAUUCCUUCGCAGUGCCGCCGUUGCCUCUGCGGGCCAUCACACAGGCUGCCAAGGACAGCAAAGAGCCAGUCAGGCUACCCACCUUCCCUGUGAGCAACCUACCAAACACACACACACACACAGCGCAUCCAUCCAUCCAUUCGUCGUAUGCAGGCGCCGGAGAAGGGCGAGAAGGCCACCAAGAUGAUGGAUUUGGGUGACUUUAUGAGGCGAGAGAGGGAGCAGCGGGGCAGAGACAAAGGAGGACACCCCGAAGACACCUCGAGCGCACCCGGCAGGACGUAAGGACUCACUCAUCCACAGACACACGGACAGACAGGCAGACAGACAAGGACAGACAGACAGACAAACAGACAGACAAGGACAGACAGACAGGAGAGGAGAGGGUGUCUUGUCGUUCUUGGAUGCAGUCUUGAGGACACAUCGCAGGCCGGCUCGUCCUACGCCGAGACGGCCAUCACCGUGGUCAGCAUCGCUGUCUCUAUCUCCAUCUCUCUCUCUGUGCGUGUGUGGAUACUUCCUUGUGUCGACUUGCCGUGUCUCCCUGCAGGCUGACCCUUACAGCUUAUGGGAGCGGACCCUGCAGCUGCAGCAGGAGAGGCGAGCAUGGCAACUCCUCAAACCUGGUAUGUGUAAACAUGCGUCUGCAGAUACGUGUGAGUUCGCCUUGCACCAAAAGUGUGUGUGUGUGUGUGUGUGUGCAGGCGACGCCAAGACUGACGUGAGCAAGGGCAGUGCUGGCGUGGCGAGCGACGUGGGAUAUGACGCCAGCGAAGAGGGUAAAGACUCACUCUCACCCACCAUACUGUGUCUCUCUCUGCCCUCAUGUGUGUGUGGUUUGGUAUGGUAUGUGCCGUUGAUUGCCUGACACACACAGGUGACGACGAUGAGAUGUCCGAGGCGGUCCAGGAGGACGUGGAGGAGCAGCGGGAGAGCAGACUGCGGGGAUACUGGAGAUGGUACACACACAUACAGAGGGAGGGAGAGUGAUGCACACACUUGUGCCGUCAUGUGCAUGAUGGAUGGAUGGAUGGACGCAGGUUGAGGUCGCUUAUCGUAAUCGACUCAAAGUGGUCACUCAUGGGUCGGUCGGCACUCCCCCACAGACACACACACACACACACACAGAGAGAGAGAGAGAGAGAGAAAGAGAAAGAAAAGUCCUCUCUAUUUGUCGUGAAUGUGUCUCUCUGUGUGAGAACAGGUCACCUGUUCCUGCUGCUGGCGUGUGGGUGUGUGGGUCUGUACGCCUGGUAUCGAUGGCCAGGGGAAAGCGGAGACGAAGAGCAGCUCGGACUGAGGUAUACAGACACAGACGAGACGCACACAGACACAGACGCACUCAGGUGUUGUGUUUGUCUCUCUCUGUGUGUGUCUUCUGUCAGGCUGAACGAACUGUGGAAGUGGGGUACCUUCGGGGCUGCCGUGAUCUUGGUCCCUGAUGAAUGAUUGCACAGACACCCACGUGUUGUGUGUGUGUAUGCCGCAGUGUCCAUAUGUGUGUGGUGUGUAUGUGAAUGUGUGCCUGUGUAGGUGCGUGUGGCCAUUCGGCUGGUGUACGGCUUCCUGGAGAUCCUUGUCAACCUGGUCGACCAACAAUCAGAGCUCCCCAUCGGUAAGUCACAGAUACACACACACACAGAGAGAGAGAGAGAGAGAAGGCCAGAAAAUCAGUGUGUUUGUGUGUUUGUGUCAAAUGCAUCAACCAGGGAUGGUCCUGCACAACAUCAAGAGGGAAUCACUCUCCUGGAUGCUCGUCUCCUACUUCCUCUUCAUCGAAGUCAUGUUCCCCAAAGGCAUGGCAGUGAAUGAAUGAACACACAACGCACUCCACUCACGCACACAGAUCGUUCAUUCAAAGGCAACAGCACCGACCCGAUCACUUCACCCGUCUGAUUUUCUUGCAGAGCACCGAUACUCCAAGACGACGGGCGAGGUCCGCAAGUACGUCCGCCUCGCCCUGGAGGUGGGCAUCUUUAUUGGCGGCGAGGAGCUCCUGAGGCAGCUUCUGCGGACUUACAUCUCUGUCGCGAGGUCCAAGCAGAGAAACGCACAGGUGCGUCCGAACGAACACACAGACAGCCAUACACACGACAGACACGGAGAGAGGGGAGACAGGGGAGGGCGUGGUGUUGGCGACCAAAUGAAUGCCCUCUGGUCUGUGUCUGCCUGUGUGUGUGUGUGUGUGUGUAUGUGUGGGUGGGUGUGAAUGUGUCUCGGUAUGUAUGUGCAGCUGCAAACGAUAGUAUGGCGUCUGAAGGCGAUCGGCCGCCUCAACUGCCCUCCCUUCAGAUUUCUUCGCUCGCACCGAAUGGGUGCGUGAGGACACACGGACACGGACACGGACACACACGCCCCCCUAUCAAUAAAUACGCCGCCUAUCAACAAAUACGCCGCGUGUGUCUUGUGGUGUGUUGUGGUGCUGUUGUGUGUCUGCAGGUCUGCCAGGGAUGGGUGGGACGGUUGCGUCGAUUUUCUCGCCCAAAGCCAAGCAGCAGCCGCACCCGCCCAAACCACCAAGUGAGCAUGUCCAUGCGCCAGCCCAGUGAGUGCCAUACACACAUACCUUCAUGCUCCGUUAUGUGUGCAGGGACGACCAAGCGUGCGAGCGUGGCGGCCGCCACCAAGAAGAACCCCUUCGCCAGGACGGCCAGGGGGCAGACGAGGACAACCAACAAGACCACCAGAGCAGGGGGAACCAAGUCGCCGCAGCCCACCACCGCCACACCGGGUGGCGGCGGGGUGGCGGCGCCCCCGUCCCCCAUUCUGCGGCAGGACGGCGGCCCGGACCGGCCGACCAAAGUACUAAGCGUUGUCCGCUUCCCAACCGGUACACACACACGAACAGACAGACAGCUGUCUUCUCCAAGUCAUUCUGCGGCCGUGUAUGUGCGGUGUGCAGACAUCAUUCUCCAGGCGCAGGACACCGUGCUAACACAGGACAGCAAGGGGACCGUCACGGGAGAAAGGGAGAGGGAGAGAGCCACCAACAACGGCACAAACAGCAGUGGGGGCGAGGUGGUCUCCGGCAGCACCCACACACACACCACUGCACAGCCGGCCACCUCCGUAGCCACGGGGACGGCCACCCACACGCACAGCCAGUCCCCGUCCCCCUCUCCAGGCGCAGUGAGCAUCCACAUCCACCCGCCGCGUGUGGCGACGGAGCCCAACCUGACGCCCAGCAGCCAGCGGUCGAGGGAGAGGGACCUGGUUGACAAUCACACGGGGUUCGGGUGCGUACGUGAUGCGAGCGCAGACACAUCGGUGGACGCACGCAUACGUGUGAUUGUGUUGUGUUGUGUUGUGUUGUGGUGGGCAGGUUUAGCCAGACGCUUGAUUUGGCUGCCGCGUCGAUGGAGGAGGGCCACGCGGAAGACAUACGAGACACACAGGUGCGCUCGACCGUGGAGGGGGGCGAGGGAUCAUUGACCAUGCGCAGAAAGGCGUGCUUUAUUUGUGACCCCCACAAAACAGUCCCACCAAGCGGACCGCACCCGCGGCGACAGCCUGGAGUCACGCCCACCAGAAGAGUGUGUCGGCACUCUCGCGCCAGAGGCAUUCGCCGCCCUUUGGACCGCUGGUCAGUCCCUGCCAUCAACACCACCCUAAACAACACAACACACCCAUACACCCCCGUGUGUCUGUCUGUGUGUGUGCAGGGCAGCAGCAGUCGGACGUGCACAUGCCAUCAGGGGAGCAGGGCGAGAUCCAGCGAACGGCAUCGCCCUCGUUCUCGGCACAGCCGCCGCCAGCAAUCUCUCUGCAGGCAGGAGGGCUAGGCGGGCUUGGGGGCAGGGUGGGCUCGAAGAGAGCAGAGUGGCAGCUCUCACGUGUCUGCAUGCAAUGCUUGGUGGACUGCCACACAGGUGCCCAACGUCGACACGCCCACUCUCGUCGCCUACAGCGCUCUCGAAGAGGGCGCAUUAGACCACGUGAGCCACCUGACUGACCAUCCACAAUAGCUCCAUGUGCGUCUGCGUGAUUGUGUUCGUUGGAUGGGAUGGCCAGGAGGACACGUCAUUCCACCGGGGAGUAUCGGUCUUUCACCGUCUGGCGUCGCGGUUCAUGCCCUCCCUAAGAAGCAGCGGGCUGCCGGUCACCAAAGAGGCCGAUGGCACUCCGAAGGAGGGAGGAGUCAAAGAAGGUGCCCCCCCGGUCAAGGAGGCCGCCGCCGAGGAGCGGGAACAUAGGAGGUCCGAGUGGGUGUUCAAAGGACUCGGACACGUUGUGACGGGGGGAUUUGACCUGACUGUGCGCUUGCAGGACAUCCGCACUUUCGCGUCGCUCGCGACGCCCACGCGAGCCCUCUGCCAUCGGUAGUCUUGCCAUGUCUCUUUGCAUACGUGGUGUCUCUGUCUGUGUGUGGGGGGGUUGGUUGUCUACGAAAUACGAAUUUUCGCGUACACACAUGCAUGCAGGUGGGGGUAUUGCCGUGGUGGGCCGCGCGGGGACGAUGGCGUCGACGGUGGCUGACCAGGGCGGCUCUCGACGCACCAAGACCAAGGCAGAUAGAUCGCGAUCGAUGCACUUCCCGCCACCCCCACCAGACCAGAAAGCAGGUGAGCUGAGCGGGAUGAGAAAUGGCGGAAGGGAAAGGAGCUGCAGAAUAUCUAUGUGUAUGUGUCAAUCAGCGCCCAUUUACGAGGGUGGUUGGGGUCUGGAUGGCGUGGCUGCGCCGGUGGCUGCUCCUCCUGCUGUGGGUUUCGGCGCCGUCAACGUCAUCGAAUACGACGACAGCCCCAUGCACAGACAGGCAGGCAAACAGGCAGGCAGGCCAUGUGUGUGUACUGGAUGUCCGGCACCGGUGUCUGUCUUUGUGCGCACACUGCAGGUGCCGGCUGAGCUGGAGAGGAAGAGGAGGAGAGUGACGCCCUCAGUCAGCACCUUCACGGGGGGGCUGUUGGCGAACGUCGACCAGGGCCGGCAGCCGAGCGCAUGGGAGAGCUGGCGAUACCGACACUACAUUGCCACACACCCACUGCGCGUCUGGAACGAAGGCAAGGCGCUUACCCACCCAGUGAAACAUGCAUGUCUCUUUGCCCAUCACUCCGUCUCUUCGCACACACAGGUCGCCGCGUGGAGAUCCUCACCCGCCGAGAGGCCCAGUGCGUGGCGUCGCAGGUGUUCACGCAGCUGCUGCAGUGGCAGGCGGCGUUCAUCCCGCCAGAGGCACAGAUCGUCCCCCCAGCACAGGGGGGCCAGGGACAGCCGACCCCCCAGGCGACACCACAGCCACCACAGCAGCAGACCCCGCCACAACCUCCACCAAACGAGGGGCCGGAGAGAAUGCGUACGGAGAAGACGCGAAUACAUGGAGCAGGUUCUUUGGAUGUGUGCAUGGGUCUGUCUCAUUGUCUGCUGCGGGUGCAGCCACGGUGUCGGAUAAGGGUGGCGGUGGCGACACGGACGGCGACACGGACCGGCCAGGGUGCUCGCCCUCAUUCGCUCCCGCCUUGGCUCUGCCGCUGGUGGCGCCGCUGCCCGAAAGUGCACAGCCCAAGAUAAGAAGAGGUUUGUCAAGGGCGGGCAGGCAGACGGGCAGAAAGAUGCAGGCAAGAUGCAAUUUGCAUGAUCCAUUGCAGCUGGGACCAAGGACACGGAGAGGACCUCUGCAGCGAACCGGUCGCCCAAGCAUCAUCCAGUGGGCGGCGACAAGUCGGGGCCCCGCCGCGCCUCGACCAAGAAGACCGAGGCGGCGGGAAAGGCGGACGAGGCGGCACAGCAAGGGGCACAGGGGGAGGACGGCGGCGCCACAGUCGUCGCUGCUGCACCGGUCGGCACACAUAUAGAUACACAUGCCCUGCAAUGCAAACACACACAUGCAUCCAUCCAAUCCACGACACUCGCGUUGAUGUCCAUGUCUGUCUGUCUGUGUGUUUCUUUGGUCAGACGACUCGUUUGACGUUUGGCAAGGCGUUGCUGGAGCUGUUUCUGACGACAGAGCACGCAGACAGCCUGCUGAGGACACUUGACUCAGAUGGUAUUAUGGUGCCCCCGUCCACACACACACACUGAAAGACAGAGAGACAGAUUGACGAGAUGUGCUGUGAUUGCUUCACCCAGGUGAGGGCAUCGUGUCUCGCCGCAAGUUUGUGGCCGCGGUGGUGGACACCUUCACGGACAGGCAGAAGCUCCUCGCCUCACUGCAAGUCGACGACUCUGUUACGGUGAGUCGGUCUGCCUGCUUGCCUGCCUGCUGCGCACAUGUGUCGAUAACCACACACACAUGAAUGAAUGGCUGGCUGGCUGGCUGAUGCAGGACGUGUUGAAGAACACGGUGAGCGGCGCCAUGUGGCUGAUAGCCUUUUUCAUCGCCCUCGCAAUGAUCGGCGUGGACGUGUUCAGGUGUGUCAGUCAGUCAGUGGAAGGGUGGGAGGGUGGGUGGUGCGUGUCUUUUUGUGUGCGUGCUAUGGCUUUCUGUCUCUCUCUCUCUCUCUCAGUGUUCUAUUGGGCACACUCACCAUCACGGCGGGACUGGCGUUUGCGUAAGUCGCAAUGAAUGCACACAUUUCAUUCUGGCUGAUGUGGCCUGGCAUGGUCUGGCCGUGUGUGUAUGUCUCUAUGCGUCCGCAUCCGCGCAGAUUGGGCAACAUGAUUCGCAACUUCUUCGACUCGCUGGUCUUCAUAUUCUGGUACCAGCCAUAUGACCUAGAGGACUGGGUCGUCGUCAACAACGGUCGGCACAACAAACACGCCACGCCCACCACCGACAUGAUGUAAACACUCGUUCACUCACGCCUGAACCGUUCAGGCACCCCCAUGCAAGUCAAGAAGGUCAACAUCACCUGCACCCAGUUCGUCACUUGGCACAACAAAGCGGUGAGUGAGUGAGUGGACACCACCCACACAACCACUCAACCACUCAACCCCCCACAGUCUCACCUCCUGUCGGUGUGUGUGUCUGUCUGUCUGUCUGUCUGUGUGGGUCAGUGUCUGUUCCCCAACUCUGUGUUGGCGCUGGCGGAGAUCAUCAACCUCAGCCGAUCGCCAAAGGCGUGCUUCGAGCUGUGCUUCCUCAUCGGCGCAUCCACGCCACGAGACAAAUUCGCGGUCAGCACGGCAGCAACUCAAUCGCCAUCCAUCCAUCCAUCCAUUCAUCCCAGCACCGCGCUCUCUGCAUCUGUCUGUCUGUCUCUCUAUAUGUGUGCUGCACAGGAGCUGAAAAAGUCGAUUCAGAUGUUUUGCCUGCAGCACCCGACCGAGUGGGAGCCGAACCCGAUGUUUUCGAUCUACCAGGUGCAGCCGCACGCCCACAUCCAGUUCGGCAUCUGGCCCACACACAAGAUGGGCUGGGCCGAAUUCAAGUACAUCUACGCCUCGCGAAACGACCUCUUCUGGUAUGAUACAUACCUUCACGACGGGUGGGUGAAUGGGCGUGUCAUGACAUGAACGGAUGCAGGGAGAUACUGCGGGAGAUGGAUCGCCUCAACGUCCGCUACGCCCUCCCACCUCAGCCAAUCCUGUUUCCGCCAAGUGACUGCACCCGCACACACACAACACAACACACCUCCCCUUGUGUGCACAUGCAAUGCAGACGAGAGCCCCUAUGACGGCGUCCCAGGCGGUCCUGGUGGGCCGGACCCCAUGACUGCGGCAAUGAUGGGCGGAACGGCCAGGGGCGGGUAGGUGCACACCCACACACGGACAACAUCCUCACCACAUGCACUCUCUAUGCAUGUCUCUCUCUGUCUGUCUGUCUGUCGUGUAUGUGUGUUGCAGUGCGGCAGCGCUGCCCCAUCCCCCGCUCUCAGCCGAGUCGGCGCCAUCCACGCCGCGGCAGAGUGAGGGAGCACCCGACAUGCAGCCGUCGCCUAUGCACGGGGGCGUGCCUUUGCCGCCGGCACAAAUGAUGAUGAUGCACCACCAUACUGCUGCGGCCGCCAUGAUGCCCCAGGCACCUGUGACGUACGCUGGUAUGCCCCACCAUCCAAGAUAAGCACAAUUGACAGUGUCACAACGACAUUGGCGCGCGUGUGUGUUCUGCAGGUCACGACUUUGCACCGCAUCAUGUCCAUCAGCACCCUCAGCACCAGCAGUCGCCCUUUGGCCUGACCCACCCGUGGCAGAGGCACACAGCGGGGGGGAUGCACCACCAGUCCCACCCACCAAUGUACCACCCGCUCCACCCCACUCACGCGCCCAGCCCCCCAUACCCGCCACCAAACGUGCAAAAUGCCUGGUAUGUAUGGUACUUUCCUACAGACAUCCAACACAGAAGACACACACACACACAUCUGUCUGUCUCACUGCUCAUUGGCAGGUAUCAGCAGAUGUGGGGCGGUAUGCAGCCGUGGGGCAGGGGUGCGAGGGGCCGGCGGAAGUCCAAGCAGGAGGACCCCCCUGACAGAGACAGCAAAAGAGACAGAGACAGAGACAGAGGGAGGGCCAGCAGGGCGGCGAGAGAGAGAGUGCGGGAGGAAACCGGCAGCGGCACAGACGAGGUGCCGCGGGAGGUGCCCGGCCUCUUCUUUGGCGAGGAUGCCGCGAACAUGGUCUAGCUGCACAAUGAGAGGUGCUUGAUUGAUGGAUGGGGGGCUG